AUGCCGUGCAGUGAAGAUGAUGACUCCCAAACCGGGUUCUCUGAACCCACCCAAGGAAUGUCCAAAGCUGAAUUGCGAAAGACUAACAAACCGAUUAUGGAGAAAAAGCGGCGCGCGCGCAUCAACAACUGCCUCAACGAGUUGAAAGAUUUGCUCAUAGAUGGAUCCGAUAAAGAUCCAUCGCGCCACUCGAAGCUGGAGAAGGCGGACAUUCUGGAGCUUACUGUGAAGCACCUGCAGAAGUUGCAGCGCCAGCAGCUUGCGGCAGCCAUCGCGGCAGACCCGGCCGUGCUGCACCGGUUUAAGUCGGGCUUCAGCGACUGUGCCGUGGAAGUGAGGAGAUACCUCUCACGUCUAGCCAGCGUACCCACAGGCCUCAGGCAUCGACUCGGCAACCAUUUAACCUCCUGCAUCGGAGGCAUGGAGACUCUUCAGCCUCGGGACUACGCACCUCUCGUUCCAGACCCUCUAAGAUUGGAUGACGAAAGACCCAGUGCGUUUCACUUCGUCAGGUCCACCAGACCUACCAGCCCUCCCCUCAGCCCCCUAUCCUGUGACUCCGCCUGCGAUUCCUCCACUGAACUCGAAACACCACCGCGUCCUGUUCAAACAUUCCCGUUCCCCACACCACCCAGCCGCUCUGCCUCCGACCAGGACUCCAGCCCAGAAACACAGAAAUCAACAGUAUCCUCAACGACAAUAUCUCCAGAAAGCAGACAAGAUGCGCUACGUAACAAGAAAUAUAUGGAGCCAUUGUCAAUUGUGAUAGAUGUAGAGAACUAUAAGAUAGGCAUCGAUGCAUCUCCAAAGCGAGCUGUGGACUACUCCAUCAGGCACAAAUUGAAACGGCCUGUAGUAGACCUAACAGGACCUGCUCCAAAAAUACUGAAAAUAGAUGAUAAAGUCGUUCCGGAUAUUUAUAGAACUCCUGAAAAAUCCGCUUUUACGAGGGUCCCUGAGAGAGUGACAUUUCCUCACAAAAAGCUGACGCUACCGGAGAGUAUUCCGUGCGCCGUUGAGAGGCCGGUAGAGAUCCGGCCAGUACCUCCUCGAACUGUGAUAAGCCACACUGCGGCGUCACUCGCGCAGUCCUCGCACGUAGGACCAGUCCAACUUAGUGUUCCUAAAGAAGUCAAAUUGGAGGCAGAUACUAAUUCUAGGUCGCCGAAACAAGGCGCUUCUACUAGUACAGAAAUGUGGAGACCUUGGUGA